UUUUUUUAGCAAAGGCCAGUGACAAGCAUAUUUACCUCCGUCUUCGACAGUGUAUCAAGCCUGGUUGGCCGAUGACGGCGGCAAGUCGCUGCUGGUGGUCGACGCCGCUCCCAAACACCUGCUGGACAGCACCAUCUUCAGUCGACUGCUGGGUCUGCGCGACACCAGCAUCGGCGACGGGGUGACCGACACGCAGGUCACAGACCCGUCGACCGAGGUAAUGGCCGCACCGGCGGGGGUCACAGAUGCCGGCGGAGACUCCGAAGGCGGCGCCUCCGGGGGCGGGGUCCAGGUGACGGAGAUGUCGCACCAAGAGGCGGUGUACCCGGCAGCGACAGGCGGCGCGGCCGGACCAGAGAUGGUGCGUCCGCAGCAGCCUCGCCAGCCCGACAGCCGACUGGCCAUGCUCACACUCUGGAAACAGAUGUUGGUGGACGCCUUUGUGGCCAAGCUGGACCGUUUCACCGGCGACAGGGCGCACGAAAAGAAUCACACCACGCCGGUUCCAGUGGCAGCAGAGGCACCAAAGACAGCAGAGGAGGCACCAGAGCCGACAGCGACAGUGGCAGUGGAGUCCGCUGUUACGACGACAGUAGCGCCCACAGUGGCGGUAGAGACGGUAUCUAUAACGGUACCAGCCUCAGCAUCAUCUGCAUCACUAGCGUUAGUGUCAGCUCUAACUUCGGCACCAGCACCGGCAACGGCAUCGACAUUGCCACCUUCUGCACCAGCAAAGGAAACAUCAUCGACACCAGAGUAUGUCGCAGCAAUGACAUCAGAGCCUUCUCCAUCUUCAGCAUCGCAAACGACGAUGUCAGAGGAAGCAGUAGUGACAGAAGAGCCGGCGACAAAAUCCCCAGCACAGACAAAGCCAGUGGCAGAAGAAAUGGCAGAGCACUCGCCAGUAGUUGUUAUUCCAGCACAGUCUCCAGAUUCUGCCAGCUACAUCAGUUCUCCAGUGGCUGCCGAGCCAGCGGAGACUGAUAUUUCCAGCUCGGAGUCUAGCGAUGGCACUGCUGCUGACACCUCCGACAGCACCGUUAAACCUAAUGCUGGAGACCAGAGCUCAAGUGAAGAGACUGAGACAACGCAGGGAGAUUCCGGAGAGAUGGGAGACAUGCAGGAGACCGCAGUUCCGCCAGAAGACAAGGGCCAGAAUGCCGAUGGACCUUCCGGCCACAACAAUCACGGACAGAGCAUGGAAGGAGGGACAGACCAGGAACAGUCGACCACGCCUCCGGAACCUGCAUCCUAUGUCAGUGCAGACACGACGACCGAACAACAGCCGGUAAACGAGUACGAGAAGGCUGUGGCCCAGUGGGAGGAGGCCUCUAUCGAUGACAAUGAUCAAAUGCUGGAGGAACUCCUCGAGUCGUUCGCAGUAAUCACUGGGCAAGGGUUCGCCGAAACGACGCCUGAGGACGGCUCGACUGACGAGAUGUCCGGGUCGGGUCACUCGCCAGCCGAGUUACACUCUGGUCUCUCAGAGUCGACUGAGCGUGAACACGACGUCGGGACCACCAACUCGGCAGAUGACUCAGAGCUAGACGAAAUCGAGCAUACGAAGGCCUUUGAAUUUGAAUCAACCGAUGCUUCAAGUGGAAUUGAAUCGUCAGAUGGCAGCUCCAGCAUCCCCGAACAGAUUGAACACUCAGGACACGACACUCCGAAUGAUACUGAUAAAGCCAACGCCAACACCGUCAUGCUAGAGAGCUUGAUCGCCGCCUUGAACGCUACAGAAGACGCAGACAGUUUGACGAGCGACAGCCAAGAACACACGUCGGGCACCACUCACGAAGAAACUGCCCAGAAGGAGACGUAUCUUCCGGCCGGAGACCCAUACGUUCACAGUACCGACGAUCCUGAGGACAUGUACCCACCAGCCUACGGCAGCCAGGGGACAGAUGAGGCGGUCACAUACACCGAUGAGCCGCUGUUCCCCAUGCGGUACCCGGACCGGCGGCCAUCUCCUCGGAGCGAGGUGCGUGCCGAGCUGCCGGCCGGCGUCGUGUCUGUCGGCGACCAGCAGGAGAUCGCCUUCACACCGAGUGCUGAGUCGCGGAGGACGUCCGUCCAGUUCAAACCGACGGCGGUCAUAGACGGCGGCCACUUUGACCCGGAGGAGUACGGCCUGCUGGACGGGCCGCCGGCGGGCUCGGCGCCCCGGCAGCGCUCCGUGCCGCGGCUGCGCGACUCUCUCUCCGCCGUGGUGGAGGCGGCAGAGGCCGGCAUGCUGCUGGUGCAGCCCGACUGGCGCGGACCCGGCAUCAUGGCCGUCCCCAUGCACCGGCGCCCGCCCGCAGAGAUGGUCUGCUACCUGAUGGUGAAGCAGGGCGCCUGCCGCUGCACCCACACCAGGUGCGCCGCCUUCCGCAAGUACAUGGAGUACAAGUGCCCCGAGACGUGCGAGAAAGUGCCCGUGGCCCCGGAGCCGGCGGGGGUGUCUCGCGGUGUCCGCACCCGCCUCCUGUCGUCAGUGCGACUGCCCGAGCGGCCGCUGGGCAUCCUCAGCAAGUGUCGAGGCACCGCGCUACUAAUGCCGCGCUGCCGCGCCACCCAGACGUAUGUGGCGCACCCCAUCUUCUGCGAGUGCUACCGGGUGUGCAGUGGCGAGUUCGCCGGCCUGACGGCCUGUCCCAGCGGAGAGCACUUCAGCACGCAGGAGGCCGAGACCCGCGUCUGCGUGCCCUUCGAGGAGAGCACGUGCCGCACCUGGUCCCGCUUGGUGACCAAACCGUGACCUCCGGGAUUGUGACCUCAGGGAUCGCGACUUCAAGGGUCGUGACCUCAGGGACCGCGACAUCAGGGCCGUAGGUGCAGGGCCAUGAACUUCGCGACUGUGACGUCGUGCAGAGAGGUAGCGAUGGGAAGCACGAACCGUCAACAUCU